AUGGAAGACAAGGGGCCCAAGAGAAAUCCGUUUAGUGAAGGAAUCAAGGAAGCUGUUGCGCUGACGAACAUGUGUCUUAGCAAAACAGAGCGACUAGGCAAGGAUAUACAAAAGCCAAUCGCGCAAUCUUUUGGGAUUGUUGAAGAUAAAUCAUCUAAAAUGCUUGAUGUUGCAUUGGAUGCGUAUGGCAAGCGCAAAGAGUAUGGAUUUCAAAUCAUAACCUCUAGUUUUGCGGGAUUUGGUGUGGUCGGAUUGGUGAGGCGUGGUCGUAUUGGCGGGAUCAUCAGCGCUUCCGUUGCUGGAGCAGCUGCUUAUGGUAUUGUAUAUGACAAAUUAUCCAUUCAAGGUGUGGUGGACUCUGUUCUUCCGAAAACUGAUUAA